CACAUACGCUAUCUUCGCUAGGAGCAAAAUUAUUCUUAUUUACCUUGUUGCCAUUGGCCUGGCGUGUGUUAUACUCGACAUUAUGCAUGUUCCAGGACUCAGAUGUGUUGGUUCUUCGAGUAAUCCUCUCGAAUCUACUGCUCUCUAUACUGAUGGUCGUAUUUGAGUAUUCAUCCGCGAUACUGAUGAUAAUCCGAAGCAUCCAAGCGUUUAGAGUUGGUGGGCCCUGGAAGACACAGCGGCGGGGUUUCAUAUAUCUGAUUUUCGAGCAAGGCAUCUUCUAUUUCAGUGUCGUUUCAUUGUUCACAACUGCAGCUGUCAUUUUGAACUCGGUCGCGCCGGCAGGAUUUUUCCAGCGCCUCCUCAACGCACUAACACUUCCACUUUCGGGUCUACUAACCGCUCGAUUCCUCCUCCGCCUCCGCGUCUGGGAACAUCAACAUUCCGCUGCAGUGAUCAGCGAAAAUCGUGGGAUCGCCCCGCAGGCAGUCACAGACAAUGGAGUUUCGUGCUUUGUCAGUCAUUGAUGAGUUUGGUGAGGAUCCGGUGUCGACAGCGGGACGUCGAAGCGAGUAUGCGUUGGAGGAGAGACCAGAAAAGACGUUCCAGGAGAAUACGCCAUCCA